GUCUAAUUUAAAUGGAGGAAAUAGCUUAAUUCCAACCUGCCGUUCACCAAACACUAGCAUUUCCGUUCGGUAAUUCUCCGCUAGGCUUCUCGUAAAAAAAUAGUGCAGCACAAAAAGAAAUUCUCCGUGGAACCAUUAAUCCGCGCUCAAUCUUCGUUAGGGGGACCAUCCCCAUACUCAUGGGCGGCACAAAAGAAUUGGGACAAAGAACAAGGGGUAAUUCUUCCUAGCUCAUAUAAAUGGCGCGUAGAAGCUCUUGUGGCCUUCCUCGUCUUUUUUCACAUACUGUAAUGGAAGAACCGACGGUGCCGCGUAAACUGGAGUCCAAACAUCAGAAGUCUACACGGUUCAUGCAACUGACUUAUGUAGGCAGACCAUUCAGCAAGGACUUUUUAGAGUUGUUUGGCGCCAUGAUCGUUUCGACGCCGUUUUCAUCGCAUAGAAUGUAUUUCAAGACCUUUGAGAAUACGUGCACACUAAAACAACUGCUGUUCACACUCGAGAAUCUGCAGCUUAAUCUCGUUCAUCGUAUCGAUGGAGAUGCGAACGGCACUGGGAAAAUUAUUAAAUCGACUACAAAGUUCAGCGUCCCGAAGAAAGUAGCCAAAUGCCUCUGUCAGAUGUUUCUCAACGCUCGUCUGAUAACUUCCGUUUCUGAUGCGUAUGCUCGAAAGCUGACGAGUGAAAAAACGCUGUUGAGACUUACACGGAAAGGUGCCAGCGUUGUAGAUCAGUUCAUUCAGCAGAAUGCUGUGAAAGAUUACCCGUUCCCAGCACAGAUGCUGAAGGAUCCCCUCAUCUUGGUCCCGAUCAACCGCAUGCAAGACACAGACCUUGUGUACCGCGACGAAACGUUGAUUCAGACUCUCCUCCAGCGUAUGCUCGGCAACCGUCCUCUCUUAGAGGAUGGGUUGGACUCUCGAAGAGUCAUUGUGUACGAGCGUGCGGACACGAGUGUCCGAGGUCAAAAGCGGUUGCAGUACGAGCUGUACGGCAUCGAUGUGAUGGAGUGGUUGAUGAACAACACAAUGCUGCUGGACUGGACCGAACUUCAGGAUAUCGCGAACGACUUCUUGCUGUACGGUUUGCUUGAACACGAAAGACCUACUAGUCAGACGAUGGUUUUUUCAUAUCACAAGGGUACGAGCUAUAUCAUUACCGCGUCUGGUAUUGAGGUUCUUGGCUGGCAUCAGUUUGGUAAGGCCAAACGGAUUGCUAAACUUAUUCAAGAGCUCAGAAAGACAAAGAGUAAUGUCGAGAUAGUUGAGCAAAUCUUGAAAAUGCCAAACCUUCACACUUCAUUUUAUGAGUUCGCUCUUCAUAAUUACUGUGAGGAGAAUGCUCGCUUUUACGAAGAUACGCGUGAUUUCCAGGAGUGUUGUCAAGUUGCUCUGCGUGAAAAAGACGAAACGCUCUUGCGUGAAUGCUUUACCCAGGCCUACCGUAUUUACAACUGCUACCUUUCUGUCAACGCGCCUAACCGACUAAACAUCCCCGACGAAAUAUAUCGUCGAGUGGUAGCACAUAUGGCGCGCGCCAUGGAGGACGACUCUAUGGCUGAGUGGGUGGAAGGCGUGCAUAUACUAUUUGCUGAGGUCAGAGAACAUGUCACGGACCUCAUGGCAGGCGAUUCGCUUAUGAAGUUUUUGGAACAAAACGAGAGCAAAGAGGAUGAAUAGGUAGUGAGGCGUUUUCAUGCCCGUUCACCUUUCUUCUCCUUCGGUUUCUUAUUUCACUUUCGGUCUCACAUCUCUCACUCCUCCUUCAAUUUGUGCUCUCUCCAGUCCUUGGGCAAUCAUUCAACUGUACAUAAACCCAUUCCCUUUUAAGGAAUAGCCUAGUGCCAAGCUCUUCCUUUUUGUAAAUAAAUUGGCACCUCAUGACUGGAGAAGAGUGCAUUUAGGCCUUUGCCUUUGAUUGUAUGGGGGAUAUAUUCUUUUUUUCUCUGCUUUUUGUUUCUACCGCUGGUAAUUGCUUGUUUCUGUACCUCGGUGGUUUCGGUCAUUCUGCUUCGCUGUCCUUUUCUUGGAUAUGCAGCGUAAGCUUGUCCGCCUACUGUGUGUUGCACGAUUUUUGAUUGUGUGUGGAAAAACAAUUGUUAUGUUCCUUCUUUUGCCAUAACAAGCAGUUUGUCGCAGGCGUGUUGCGAAUAUUAAAAAAACAAUCCUUUGAUACUGUUACUAAACUGUGUAUCCCUCGCAUUAUCUGCUUCUUCUUUCUUUAAAUUUGACUAAGAUGUUUGAUGCAUCCACUACUCUUGUUUAUUAUUUUUUUUUUUUCGUUUUGCUAUCUUUAAUUUGCCAUUUGGUUAUUAGAUAGUUAUUGAUGAAGUGUGUACAUAGGGCAAUGAAUAUAAAUACAUUACCGCUGUUUAACCGGAUUGAAUAGAAAACACACAUGC